AUGAAAUCUUUCAAGAGGCGUGAUGCUUGUGGAGGUGCCAGGGCGGUCGGCGCGACGACCAUGCGCAAAGAGGUUGAGAGCCUCAUUAAUAGACUCACGCCGGACUCGUGUUUGCAGGAGGUUGUCAUCGGUCCUCAGUCUGUUAUGGACCCUUGUGCGGGGAUAACUCCGGGAGAUCCUGAGGUUUCCUCCUGUCCUCCCUCUUCUUCUGUGCCUGAUCUGGCGGAUCGCUUCAGCAUGCAUGAGAUGAACCUCGCCCUUUCGGGCUUGCGCCUGAAUUCAGCACCUGGUUUAGACCGGAUUGACAACAAUAUUAUUGCCUCUUUGCCCAACGCAUAUUUGGAACACCUUUUAGAAAUUUUUAACGAUUUGUUAGAGGACGGAGAUUUCCCCCCCUCGUGGAGGAAAUCUCUUAUAAUUCCGGUACCUAAGGCCGGUAAUAGAGGUUUCCGCCCUAUUGCCCUGAUGUCAUGUAUGCUGAAGCUUUUGGAGAGGAUGAUCCUCCGCAGGCUUAAACAUCACGUUGAAUCAAGGCCAAUUUUGCCAAACACGCAGAUGGGAUUCAGGCCGCAUCGCUCCUGCGCUGAUAAUUUGGUGGUGCUUACCAAUCACAUAAGAACCGCCUUUUCUCGUGGUGAACUCACGGUUGCGGCAUUUCUGGAUAUUAAAGGAGCCUUCGAUAAUGUCAUACCUGCCAUCUUGGUAAACGACUUACGGGAAAUAGAUGUACCCCCUACUCUAAGACAAUUUAUUGCGCACCUUAUCUCGGAGAGAGAGCUUUACUUUGUGGUCGACGGUGAAUUGGUCGGCCCCCGUUUUACGCGUACCGGCACUCCUCAGGGCUCCACCCUUAGCCCCUUACUGUUUGAUAUAUAUUUAAGAGGCAUUAAUGAGAAUUUGACGGAGGGUUGCUUCAUUUUACAAUACGCAGAUGACUUGGUGCUAUAUGCAUCAGCCAAGACUCUUGCUGAGGCUUUGAGUUAUCUCCAACCAUCGCUGGACGCUGUUAAUAGCUAUUUGUGGAAUAGAGGCCUGGAGCUGUCGCCUUCCAAAUCAACGGGAGUUGUCUUCACGAACAAAAGAUCUCUUAGGAAUAAGGACUUUAUACUUACCAUCAACGGUCAGUGCAUCGCGACUGCUCACUCGGUUAAAUUCCUUGGUGUUAUUCUGGAUAGCGGCUUGACGGGUAAGGAACAGCUAAUGGCUUUGACUUCCAGAGGCAAUGCCACCGCCAAAAUUAUUUCUUCCCUUUCGGGAGUAUGGUGGGGAUCACAUCCUCGCGUGUUAUUAACACUAUAUCGCGCUCUUUUUAGGAGCGCCAUUGAAUACGGAGCGCAAGUUUUCGCUUACGAGAACCAGUCGACCCUCUUUUUAAAAUUGGAGAGAAUCCAGUAUAAGAUUAUCAGGCUGGCCAUGGGUUACAGGAUCUCCACGCCGAUAAAUGUACUUCUUUAUGAGGCUAAGGAAUGCCCUCUUAAGCAAAGAUUCAACCUUCUCACUGCAUCUUUUCUUUACAAAUGCUGGUCGGGUACUUACAACUUGGUCAAGGAGGGUAUUAAGAAUAUGGAUUGUACAGCUGAUUCAGUUGUUAAGAGGAUUAAGGCACUUAAGUCCUCCCCCACAUAUAAUCGCUACGCGAUACACCACGAGGAUCUCCAAAAAGUUUUUCAUUCAGUUUCUUCCCCAGAGUUUACUUAUGACUACGAAACCUUUAUACAUGAGCCUCUUUGCAAGUUCGACAUGUCUUCAGUCGACAAGGACUCUCCACCGGAGCUCAUUGCACUGAGGUUUAAACAACAUGCAGAAGAGCUCAUUGCGAAUUCAGAAGUUUCGCUUUACACGGACGGAUCUAAAAUCGGCGAAAAUGGAUCUGUUGGAGCCGCAGUAUACUCUCCUGAAGAGGACUUCAGAACUGCUUGUAAGUUGCCUGAAGCCUUUUCUGUUUUCUCUGCAGAAGCUUGGGCCAUUAGGGAGGCUCUUGUGUACGUUUCACGCCGAGGGAAAAACUCUGCGGUCAUCUUCACGGAUUCUCAAAGCGUCCUUGCAGCAAUUUCGUCUGGUCACUACUCGCAACCGAAUUACAUUGUUUACCAAAUUAAAAAUCUGCUGACGAUGUUGGCCAGAGAACGUAAAUUGAUUACCCUGUUUUGGGUCCCCUCGCACAAGGGAAUUUGCGGUAAUGAGAUUGUGGACCGUUUGGCGAACUCUGCGGCGGCGAGUGCGGAUCCGGUGACGGAGUUUCCUGUCCCCUUUACUGACGCUAGGAAGUCAGCUAGGGAUAGUGUCAAGAGGACUUUUGAGGGAUGGCUGAAGAAUGCCGCCCAGCUUAAAGGCACUAAGCAUGCUGAGUUAUACCAGAAUUCUUCUCCUAGCCCGUGGUUCUACUCUAAAUCCUUGGAGCGUGAGGAAAUCGUGUUAAUAAACAGAAUACGCAGUAAUCAUUAUAAUCUUAAUGAGAGCCUCUAUCGUAAGGGCAUGACUGCCUCGGCGGCGUGCCAUUGUGGCCAUGAGAGUCAAGAUGUCAAUCAUGUGAUUUAUGAAUGUCCAGAAUCACGUAAUAAAGCUGAAUAUCUUCUUAAGUUUUUGCUUGAAAAAUACCCUACUUCUACUCCUAAUAACAUUUUUCCUCUCCUUAAUAAGCCCUCGGUUGGUUUAUGUAGAAGAUUACUGGCCUUCUUUAAGUCUUUGGACGUUAGAUUAUAA